UCUGCUCUGUAAUGUACCCGUAUGGUCCUGGAGACAAAGACGAUCACAGUGACUCUCCCCUUCAAACUGAAUACCCCACUGUUCUGUUCCCUGGGGACUCUGCUCUCAUUUAGUACCCAAAUACCUACGGAAAGAGCCCAGGCUGGGGACUGGAGGACCUCGGCCCUGGAGUCCUGGUUUCAUCUUGGUCAGCCAUGUGACCCGGGCAAGCCAGCUGCCUUCUCUUAGCCUGAGUCGCCGUCCCUCCCAAAUGGAUGUUUAGUGGUAAGCCGUCUCGAAGGUCUCUUCUGCUUAUUCAAGUCUCCAGUUCAUGGCUCCGGGAGCUUUCCUGCAACCCGCCACCGAGCACCGCCCGGCUGAUGCGAGCAUCUCCUCCGCAAGUGAGAAGCAAGGAGUGAUGCGGACGGCUGGCACCAGAGAGACCCAACACAAGGAGAGCGGGGAGACCGCGUAACGCACCCACCUGAUCCCCCAUGCACGGAGAUCUCUCCAGCGCCCACGCUGUGACUCCUGCAGCUGACCGGCACAUGGACACAGAACCAGCUCCAGGACGAUGUUCAGUGGGCUGGUGCCUGCCUGGCGCAGGAAGCCACUGGGAGGCCACUGGCUGUUGACAGGACAGCUGCUGUGAUACAGCUUCUUCGCAGAAUCCACAAAUUCAGAAGUAGUUAAUUUUGAAGGAAAUGAAACGAAGUAGCACCAAAACGCAUGAAGCCACAGUCAACAGCACAAAAUCCUGCAGCACCAAGGCCAGGGAUUUAAUGCACAAAAUGGCAAAUGUAACAGAUUGGCACAUUUCGUAUCCUUACACACGGAAGUUCAUGAAUUUAAGACCUCACUCUUCACCAUGUAGAGUGUAUUCAAGGAACGGUUUCCAAAAUAUGCUUAGACCUUUCUCUUCGGCCACAGCUAUUGCAAAUCCAAUACUGUCCUUCUUAGAUGUUAAACGGAUUUUGUUUCAAAAAAUCACCGAUAAAGGAGAUGAGUUGAAAAAAGCCUUUGAACUGCUCGACACCAGUCACAACAUGACGGUGUCAAAGAAUGAACUGAGAAGAAUCAUCACAAGCUUCCUGAUGCCUCUCACGAGAGAGCAGUUUCAGGAUGUCCUGGCUCAGGUCCCCCUCACCAGCUCUGGUGCCAUCCCGUAUCUUGAAUUCCUGUCCCGGUUUGGUGACAUGGACCUAAAUAUAAAUGUUAUAAAGAAAGGAGGUGAGAAUGAAAUGAGUUGCAGUCGGACAGUAAAAGAACUUGAGACCCAAAUAGGAGAAAAGAUUUUCAAAAACAUUAAAACUGUUAUCAAAGCCUUGAAGCUCAUUGAUGUUAACAAGACUGGUCUGAUCCAGCCCUGUGAGCUGAGGAAAGUUCUGGAGACCUUCUGUUUGAAGAUGAAAAGUGACGAAUACAGAAAGUUUGCACAACAUUACAACAUUGGUAAGGACACCGCAGUGGAUUAUAACGUUUUUUUGAGGAACCUCAGUAUGAAUAACGACUUGAAUCUUAGGUAUUCUGGGGAAAGUCAAGAGAUCUCAUGGAACAAUCAGCCAGUCAAGAAUUCCAAAGAGGAGUGCCUGCACAGCUCUGCUUCCUCGGAAAAUGUCUGGAAAAACCGCUCCUUAGAAGAAAUUGAGAGGACCUUUUGCCAAGAGCUUCCCAAGGCUUAUGAAAAGGUUGAAAAGGCCCUGAGUGCUGGGGACCCCUCCAAAAGUGGAUAUGUAUCUUUGAAUUACCUAAAGAUUGUCCUCGACACCUUUGUGUACCGAUUACCAAGGAGAAUUUUUAUCCAGUUAAUGAAAAGAUUUGGACUUAAAACCACCAGCAAAAUCAAUUGGAAACAAUUUCUAACAUCGCUUUAUGAGUCCCAGUGGAUGGAAGUCAACAGUACAGUUCCCCUGACAAAAAGAAAUAGCAUCACCUCCGGAAAUCAAUCUUGCAAGGAAGACAUUGUCACAAAGUUGUCUAGACACGAGGCCUCCGGAAAUCAAUCUUGCAAGGAAGACAUUGUCACAAAGUUGUCUAGACACGAAGAUCACUGUACAUCUUUGAAGAAAGCACUCCUGAUGGCCAACACUAAACCCGAUGGACGGAUAAUCGGGGAAGAAUUGCGACGUCUUCUAAAUUGCAUGGUUGUAAAAAUCAGUGAUUCAGAAUUCAAAGAACUGAUGCAAACACUUGACCCUGGGCACACUGGAUGGGUAAAUAUCUACACGCUUAUCGAACAGCUUGAAGAGAGCCCUAAGAUACGAAAACUCUCCGCCUGCACAGACACCUCAGCACCUCUCCUCCCGGCUUGGGAUUCAGUGGAAAAAACUGUUCAGGACUCGAUUACUAGGAAUCUCCAAGCCUUCUGCAGAAUGCUGCAGUCCUAUGACCUCGGAGACACGGGGCUCAUUGGUCGAAAUAAUUUCAAGAAAAUCAUGCGCAUUUUCUGCCCGUUUUUAACGAUCGAACAUUUACUGAAACUCUGCAAUAAGUUUCAGGAUACUGCUUCGGGAAGAAUCCUUUACAAGAAAUUUUUGGAAUGCAUGGGAAUUAGUGGCCCUCCCACCGUUUCUCCAGUUCGUGGCCCAAAGGAUCAGCUGUUAAGCGAACAUUUUCAAAAAGAGGGGGAGCAGGAGCUGGAGGUUUCGGAGAGAACCAAGCCCGCUGAGGACAGAAGCGCCCUGACCAAGAGUAGAACCAAGGAUGAAGUCAUCGAAAACCUCAAAAACCAUAAACAGCAGCAGGACCCAGUCUUCGGAAAACUAUUUCUUGACCUCAGCAAGGAACCUAAUGGCAAAAUUAAUGUGCGUGACUUCAAGAAGGUGCUGGAUGCUAGCGGAAUGCCUGUGGAUGACGACCAGCUUGCUCGGCUGACUGCAAAAAUUGGAUAUAAGAAAGACGGGAUGAGUUACCUUGAUUUUGCCGCAGGAUUUGAAGAUGCUAAAACGAAUGGGCCAGAAUCGACCCCACUGCAUCCUCCAGUUCUUUCAAAGAAUAAUUUAGACAGCGACUUUAUAACUGCUGAAGAAUGCCUGAAGCAGUUCCCCCAGAGACUGAAGGAAGCCUUCCGGGACCCCUACUCUGCCUUCUUUAAAAUAGACAGUGACAGGGACGGCAUAAUCAACAUGCAUGACCUUCACAGAUUGCUGCUGCACUUACUGUUCAAUCUUAAAGACGAAGAGUUUGAGCGUUUCCUGGGCCUUCUUGGCUUGAGACUCAGCGUCACUCUAAAUUAUCGGGAAUUUCGAAAUCUGUGUGAGAAGAGACCAUUCAGGAUGGAUGAUGCGCCUCAGAGACUCAUUAGACCAAAACAGAAGGUCGCAGAUUCAGAACUAGCUUGUGAACAGGCUCAUCAGUAUCUUGUUACCAAAGCAAAAACCAGAUGGUCAGACUUAUCUAAGAAUUUUAUAGAAACUGAUAAUGAGGGCAACGGCAUUCUUCGGCGGCGGGACGUAAAGAACGCGCUCUAUGGUUUUGAUAUUCCCCUAACACCGAGGGAAUUUGAAAAGCUCUGGAUGCGCUAUGACACCGAGGGAAGAGGGCAUAUCACUUACCAAGAAUUUUUACAGAAAUUGGGGAUUAACUACUCCGCAGACAUGCAUCAGCCCUACGCGGAGGACUACUUCAACUUCAUGGGUCAUUUCACGAAGCCCGAGCAGAUUCAGGAGGAGGUCAAGCAGCUGGAACAGAGCGUGGACAGGGCCGUGCGGGUCAGGGAAAAGCUUAAGGACCAUUAUCAAGAUAUCAGCAAAGCCCUCUCCAGACUAGACAAACCCAGAAACGGCUACAUGUCCAUGGGCAGGAUGCACAAGGCGCUGCAGGAGUGCGGCUGCUCUCUCACGGAAGAGGAACUGACCGACCUUCUAAACAGUUGGGGAAUCAGCUGGCAUAACAACUCCUUCAAUUACCUUGACUUCUUGAAAGCGGUGGAGAGCAGCAAGCCAACAAGGCCUCAGCCAAAAGAAAAAGAGGAGAACACGCCAGUCAAUUUCUCGACACUGGACCCAGAGGAGAUUGUCAAGAACAUCCAGGAAGUUGUUGCCUCCUCCGACGUGGCUUUGUCAACGGCGUUUUCUGCAUUGGAUAAAGAGGACACUGGGUUUGUAAAAGCUUCGGAUUUUGGACAAGUUCUUAAGGAUUUCUGUUACAAACUAACAGACAACCAGUAUCAUUAUUUUCUGAGAAAACUGAAAAUUCAUCUAACCCCCCUUAUAAAUUGGAAAUAUUUUCUCCAGAACUUCAGCUCCUUCUUUGAAGAGACUGCUGCUGAGUGGGCUGAGAAAAUGCCCAAAGGCCCGCCGUCUACGUCUCCCAAGGAGACGGCAAACCAGCAGCUGCUGGCUCGGCUGCACAAGGCGGUGGGCUCCCACUACCGCGCCAUUGCUCAGGAGUUCGAGAGCUUCGACACCAUGAAAACGAACACCGCCUCCAGGGAUGAAUUCAGGGCCAUUUGCUCCCGCCACGUCCAGAUUCUGACAGAUGAGCAAUUUGACAGACUGUGGAGCGAGAUGCCGGUCAAUGCCAAGGGCAGGCUGAAGUACCCAGACUUCCUGAGCAUGUUCAGCUCCGAGAGAAUGGCAACACCGCCGACCGCUGGCAGCUCCGUCAAGGCCCAAAGGGGCAGCAGUGUUCCCGAAGUCUCGUACAGAAGCAGGUCUGCAGUGUCAUCGCCCACUCACGACCUGAAGGCCGGGCUGAAACCUCCGAGCCACCCGUGUACCCCCACCAGUGCCGGCUCGGCGCCGGGCCCCCUGCCCUUGCAGAAUUGUGAGCCCAUAGAAAGCAAGCUCCGGAAGCAAAUUCAGGGCUGCUGGCGAGAGUUCCUGAAGGAAUGCAAAGAGAAGGACGUGAACAAGCAGGGCGAGGUCACCACGGCUGAAUUCCUGGCUCUUGUGGAGAAGUUCAGUCUGGACAUAAGCAAAGAGGAAUGCCAGCAGCUCGUCGUGAAGUACGAUUUGAAGAACAACGGGAGGUUUGCGUACUGCGACUUCAUCCAGAGCUGUGUCCUCCUGCUGAAAGCGAAGGAGACCUCCCUGAUGCAGAGAAUGAAAAUCCAGAAUGCGCAUAAGAUGAAAGAAUCUGGUGCUGAGACUUCUUCCUUUUAUUCAGCUUUACUGCGUAUUCAGCCCAAAAUUGUGCACUGCUGGAGACCGAUGCGGCGCACCUUCAAAGCCCACGAUGAGGGCGGGACGGGGCUUCUUAGCGUGGCUGAUUUCAGGAAGGUCCUGAGACAGUACAGCAUCAACCUCUCGGAGGAGGAGUUCUUCCACAUCCUGGAGUAUUACGACAAGACGCUGUCUUCCAAAAUCUCCUACAACGACUUCCUCCGGGCCUUCCUCCAGUAGGUGACUGCUGUGGCGCAUCCGGCGGGGGCCAGCCGGGACCACGAGGCCUGUCCCUAAGACUAACGGAAUCCCAGAAUCGGGGUGGGGGUGGGGGGAGGGUCGUGAACGUUCGGCGUGUCUCCAGAAACACAGCCAGCCCUGUGUCCUUCCCAGCGGUGAAGGCUCAGAGCUACCCCGUGGCUCC